AAACCAUUAAGCCAUCAACCUCUCACUGCAUUCAACAAAUCAUUCAAAUAAAUUUUUCUAAAGAACCCCAAAAAAAGACUUGGCAGAGAGUCAAUGGAACGUGGAGUUCCUCUAUCUCACUAUCAACUACCCAACUCCAACUCUGGAUUGAACAUGGACCAUCAAGAUAACUCAAUCCCGGCAGCGACCGGCAACCUCAUUGCCUGCGACGACAAGAACAAGAGUAUCGUGCAGAAGCAACAACCAUGCAUGGCUCGUGAACAAGACCAAUACAUGCCAAUCGCUAACGUCAUAAGGAUCAUGCGUCGGACCUUACCGCCGCACGCCAAAAUCUCUGAUGACGCCAAAGAAACGAUCCAAGAAUGCGUCUCAGAGUACAUCAGCUUCGUGACCGGUGAAGCUAACGAGCGUUGCCAACGUGAGCAACGCAAGACCAUAACUGCUGAAGACAUCCUUUGGGCUAUGAGCAAGCUUGGGUUUGAUGACUACGUUGGACCACUCAACUUGUUCAUUAACCGGUACCGUGAGUUCGAGACUGAUCGUGGGUGUUCGCUUAGAGGUGAGUCAUCGUCGUUUAAACCGGCCUUUGGAGGAAAUGGUUUUGGUUUUCACGGCCCACCUCAAGGCCCACCACACCCUGGUCGUUAUGGUUACGGUACGUUGGAUCAGUCUAUGGUUAUGGGUGGGGGUCGGUACUACCAAAACGGAUCGGGUGAAGAUGGAUCCGGUGGUGGUGGUGGAUCUUCGCCUUCUAUGAAUGGAAUGCCGGUUUUUGACCAGUAUGGUCAGUAUAAGUGAAGAUAACAAUUUCAUUAUUUUCAGCAUGCAUGUCUGUUCAUGUAUUGAAUAAUUAUGUCUUACCAAACAUAUCUAUUUGUUGCGUCCUGAAAUAAAAUGUUAAUUUUCAGCA